CGAAGUUUGUACUCGGUAAUACGGAAUCUGAAGCCAUCAUGGCUGCCAACCUCGAAACUCGCCGCACAAUGAUAUCCACGGGCCCCUUCCCGUCUCCGGAAUUGUCUCUGCUUGGGCAGAAACAUCCAAGUGUCUUUCAGAUGUUCUCUUCCCUCGGUCGUUGCAUCUUGAACAAGCUCUGAAGAACGAACGGUUUCAUUCAUCGUACUAUACGGGCAAGGGAUCUCUCUUAGAUAUUUUGAAAGGUGCCAGGGACCUGAAGAGUAUUGGCAGCCUGUAUGCACUUAGCACCUCUCGUCUGCUCCCGGACGUCUGGGCUAUCAACAGUGGAACUCUCCACCUCAAUGUGGGAAAGACGACGUACGAAGGUCUUGGUGUACAGGGCAGUAAGGUGCAUGGAGUAUUCAAAGGGAAAGGGGUGGAGGAGCAGUACCAUAUCACGAUCCCUCUGAAUCCUUCGUCGGGAGAGGACAAGACCAAGCUCGCCCGCUUUCAGAAGAUGCUGGAAACACAGAAACAAGAAUGGGAGUUUGUGUUCUGCUUUGAUGGCGAAGUGGACCUACCCGCCGGCCACAUAUUCUCUCCCACUUCGUCUACCAAACCAUAUUCCAUCCAACCAUCCGUUCAUCAAGCAACGAACGUCCAUGCACCUCAAUUUUUGCUCUCGCAACGGCCUACCUUGAAACCUCACCCGAAUAAAAAGAGGAAGCUCGCACACUCGGAAGGGGCUAAAGCCGCUGAUCCUAUGGACGUGGAUGAUUGCGUAGAACAUAAUACUGAGGAGCCUCAACUGGAGGAUGCGAUUGAGGAUUGGGAAGUGAAAAUGGGUGAACUUUUCGAGUGGGUUGGAAUGGCAGGACUGGGUGCACAGCGGCUACAAGCUAACGACCAGGUCGACCCAUAUGUCGCCGUCUAUAUGCCACCCGCGCCCGUCGACAUACAAGAAAUCACCCACAUGCAGUGGAAGGGCCUUAUGCAUCCAGUAUUCGUACAAGCUCUUGUCGAUGGCGUUACUCGCGGGUUGCGCGGCUCCGAAGAGCACACUCCCUCCCCAUCUGCCUCCCGAAACCGAUCGUUUGUCGCGCUUACUCUCCACGUGGCGGCACACUCACCAGCCCCAGGUGUCAAACUCGCUUUGAAAGGCAAGGCGCCAGGUAUCUCGAAGGUUCCGAGGGGACCUGGGGAGGGUGAGGACUGUGCAUGCGUUAUCUUGGUGCCAGAGGGUUCAGUUGGCUCGGACCACGGCAUCGAGGCGAUACAGGAUGUGAAGGAAACAAAGGACCGGGGUCGAUGGGCGAUGGUUGAGAGUGUGGGGAGGUGGGAUACAAGGUUCGGAUGAUCAGAUGUUGAUGGUGCUUUCGUGAUGGCGUACUGUUGCUCUUGUUUGCAUAUGAUGGCUAGUACAGGAGGUGGG